AUGUCGCUGCCAUCUGGUGGGCUAGGGAUUACUUCUACAAUGGAUGAUAUGAACUUAAUCCAUCAGGCUCAGAGGCACCACAUUGUGGUCAGCGAUCUAGGAGAAGAAAUUGAUCUGGAAUUGGGACAUGGUGACGACGAUCCUACUUUUGCACACAAUCCUCUACUUGGCGUUCAGCCCCAGGAUUCUUCCACUGAAGAGCUUAGUGAAAACAAGCAGAUGAUGGAUUCUCAACUUCCGAAUGAGGAGCAGAAUUUGUCGAGGACACAACCAGUUAAAAGGAAAAAGAAAGUUGUUAAAAGAUGGAGAGAGGAGUGGGCUGAUACGUAUAAGUGGGCUUAUGUUGAUGUGAAGGAUGGAACGGCAAGGAUAUUCUGCUCUGUCUGCAGGGAGUAUGGCAGAAAGCAUAGGCGGAACCCUUAUGGAAAUGAAGGCAGUAGGAAUAUGCAGAUGAGUGCAUUGGAGGAGCACAACAAUAGCUUGCUUCACAAAGAAGCUCUCCGACUACAACAAGCCUCUAAAGAGAAGAUAAUUGUCGAUAAACCAAUAUAUGUGAAAGCACUUAUGUCAAAAACGGCUGGAUCAAUUGUUGAAGCUGCAUUGAAAAGAGAUCCUCAUGAAGCUGAGUUCAUACAGUCUGUUCAAGAAGUGGUUCAUGCUCUAGAAAGAGUAAUUUCAAAAAAUUCCAACUAUGUGAAUACAAUGGAGCGGUUGUUAGAACCUGAGCGUAUGAUUAUCUUUCGAGUUCCAUGGAUGGACGAUAGGGGUGAGACACAUAUCAACCGUGGAUAUCGAGUUCACUUUAAUCAGACAUUGGGUCCUUGCAGGGGUGGUCUUCGUUUUCAUCCAGUGAUGAACUUGAGUAUUGCCAAAUUUCUUAGUUUUGAACAGACUUUAAAAAAUGCCUUAUCUCCAUACAGACUAGGAGGCUCCUCAGGUGGAAGUGAUUUUGAUCCUAAAGGCAGAAGUGAUAAUGAGAUCAUGAGGUUUUGUCAGAGUUUCAUGAAUGAGCUCUAUCGUUAUUUGGGUCCUGACAAGGAUCUUCCUUCAGAAGAGAUGGGCGUUGGUACUCGUGAAAUGGGUUAUUUGUAUGGACAAUAUCGACGUCUGGCUGGUCACUCUCAGGGAAGUUUUACAGGGCCGAGAGUGAACUGGUCUGGCUCCAGCCUUCGGACAGAGGCUACUGGCUAUGGAUUGGUUUUCUUUGCACAACUGAUACUUGCAGACAUGAAUAAAGAAUUGAAAGGACUAAGAUGUAUAGUUAGUGGUUCUGGAAAGAUAGCAAUGCAUGUCCUCGAGAAGCUUAUUGCUUAUGGUGCUCUUCCCAUCACUGUUUCAGAUUCAAAGGGUUAUUUGGUGGAUGAGGAUGGAUUUGAUUUUAUGAAAAUAUCUUUCUUGAGAGACAUUAAAGCUCAGCAUAGAAGUCUGAGAGAUUACUCAAAAACUUAUGCUCGCUCAAAGUACUAUGAUGAUGCAAAGCCUUGGAGUGAAAGGUGUGAUGUCGCAUUUCCUUGUGCCUCCCAAAAUGAAAUUUACCAAUCCGAUGCCAUCAAUUUGGUAAACUCAGGUUGUCGUAUACUUGUAGAAGGAUCAAAUAUGCCCUGUACCCCUGAAGCAGUUGAUGUUCUGAGGAGGGCAAAUGUUCUUGUUGCUCCCUCUAUGGCUGCUGGUGUGGGAGGGGUUGUAGCUGGUGAACUUGAAUUAAAAGAGUGUAAUUUAAACUGGUCUCCUGAAGAUUUUGAAUCUAAACUACAGGAAGCAAUGAAGCAGACCUAUCAAAAAGCACUUAAAGCUGCAACAGAUUUUGGCUAUCAGAAAGAGAGCCCUGAGGCUUUGGUACAUGGGGCAGUCAUUUCUUCGUUUAUAACAAUUGCCAGUAGUAUGACAGACCAAGAUUCAAAGGGUUAUUUGGUUGAUUAUGGAUUUGAAUUUAACAAUAUAUAUUUCCGAUGCAUUACUCAGCAUAGAAGUCUUGAGGUUUGCAUUCUUCCUUGA